AUGAACAUGAUGGACUUAGAUGACGACAGCUUUCACGUCACACAUGAAGGCUACUCCCAUCUGAGUGACUCAGAAUGGGAGGCAGUCGGCCGCAUGUAUGUGUUCAUGGGAGAACCCGCCAUCAGUGGUAUGUUGAAACCUCUAGGCAGAGACCAGCAACAUGCUGCUAUCAUCAAGUUCCUGCAAGAAGAACUUGCCGUCAAAAGACAGAAGAUAGUCUUGCUACAACAGCAAGGCUCUCAUCAGUCGAUGGGAGGGCCGAAGAACAUGCGUCGACCCGAAAACUUGAAGAUUGAUAUCUCAAGGUACAAGGGAACCGAUGAAGAUUCACUUUUGAGAUGGUUCGUCGAGUUCGACGACGCCACCAGGGCCCGUAACAUCGAGGGUGACGAGAUGCAAGUCACCUUCGCCCUGUCAAAUUUGACAGGACGAGCAAAGACUUGGACCUUAGGGCUCAAGCUUUACGACCCAAACGUGUUUGAGUCGUUAGGGAUCUUGAAUUCUCGGCUCAAAGACACCAUUGAUUCGCCACGAGCCGAGUUUAGAGCACGCUCUGCACUCUUGAGGCUAAAGCAAGGUAAGCGUGAUGUGCACGCUUACGCACAACACCUACGCUACCUUGCGAGUAGCGUCACGAAAAACCGUGUUGAUGAGCACACGCUCAUCAACGUGUUCAUCUACGGCCUUUUAGAUGGCCGGUGA